CCAUGCCGCGUUGGAAUGUUGAAAAACUUAUAACCCUGGUCCAGGAGAGGCCCGAGCUUUGGGAUACCCGAGCAAAUUCCUAUUCUGACCGUGUCAAAAAGGAUGCUUCGUGGGAGCAAGUGGCCCGGAGCAUGCGCAAAAGUGAAUGGGCCAAAGCUGAUAGCCGAGGCCGGGCAGAAUUAGUAAAACAAACCAAAACCCGCUGGGCGAGUUGCCGGGACCAAUUCCGGCGGGAGAUGACCAGCAAAGGCCGGAGUGGGGAGGGAACCUCCAGGAAACGGGACUACAUUUAUACUGCCCAGUUGCAGUUUUUAAGGCCAGUAAUGGAAUUGAGGCCUACUGUGGACAGUCUGGAUCCGUCCCAAGAAUCGGACACGUCUGGGAGUGAAACCCCUGCGGUUUUCUCCCCCGUAACAAGUUCUGCUCCAACGCCGGCUGAGGACCCAGAUGACUCCACGCUGGGCCAGGCCCCCCUACCACUGGCCAGUCCACCCCGGAUUGUCCAGCCCCAGCCCAGACGUCACCGCCAAGUCCCUCCCUCUACCUCUGGGCAAGAGAGUCGGGAAGUUAUUGACGUCCACGUCAUAGAUUUUCUUGCCCAGAGGAGGAGUGAUGGCGUGGAGGAGAAAAUGUUACGGGGAUUAGGGCCGCUAAUGAAGCACGUCACUCCUUUGGAGCAUCAUGAGUGCCUUGCUUCAUUAGUGGUAGUUAUAAAAAUGUUUUCAAUACCCAACCAUGGCGAUAUUCUGGGGAAAUUAAAUGGCAUGAAACUAGACAUUGAGAAUGCCGGAGAGCAGCAAAGGCCAGGACCCUUUGAGUUUGCGCCCCAAACAUCCCAAGGGCCUUCUUUCCAACAACAACCCCAGUAA